AUGCGCCGGACGACCACCCAGCGCUGGGGGCCGCACCGCCGCACCGACCGGGUGUCAGGCUCCGGCGCCGUCGCGGUCGACCGCCUCAGCGCCCUCCCUGACGCGCUCCUGCACCACAUCAUGUCGUUCCUCAAGGCGUGGGAGGCGGUGCCCACCUGCGUGCUCGCGCGCCGGUGGCGCCACCUCUGGGAGUCCGCGCCCUGCGUCGACCUCCGCCUGCGCUACAUGAGCCGCGACGGCGACCCUCCGCAGGAGUUUCGCGACUUCGUGCACCGCCUCUCCCUCCUCCGCGAUGUGUCGGCGCCGGUGGACACGCUCCGCCUGCAGCCCAGCGACGAAGACGCCGGCUUCAACGAGGAGGACGCCAGCAUCUGGAUCAGGACUGCUCUCAAGCGCAAGGCGCGGGUUAUUCAUCUUGCUGGGCAUCACACGAGAGCCGCGUCGUUGGACGGUGUGCCCUUUGUUUCGUGCCACCUCAAGAUCUUGAAGUUGUCCUACGCCAGGCUCGAUGACAGUGUCCUCCGACAGCUUUCUGCUAGUUGCAAAUCCUUGGAAGAACUGGAUCUCAAGGAUUGCUUGCUGACAGACCCUGGGAUUGUGUCUGCCUCUUUGAAGACCUUAAUCAUGCUUAAGUGCAAGUUCAAUUCGGGCUUCUCAAUUGCACCUCCCAGCCUCUUCUCCAUUGCAGCUCCCAACCUCGUACUUCUGCACCUCAUCACACCGUAUGCCCAAGUUCCGUCAUUUACCAACUUUGGGUCACUGGUCAUAGCCACUAUCUUACUUGAUGACCAUUUCUUGAGCAAUGAAUUUGAACACAUCAGCAAUAAAGAUGACUGUGAUGAAACUACUGAUGACGAUGGCAAUGAUGAUAAGAGGAGCUAUAGGAAGUUUGGAUAUGGAUAUGGUUUUCCUGAAGAAAGAUAUGGGCGCAGUGGUUACAAGGAUAAUUAUAAUUAUGGUAGCAAUAUUGAUAGUGAUGAUAAUACCUAUGAAUACUGUGAGAUCGCAAAUGAUGCAAAGUAUGGCUACAAACAGGCUAGAGGAGCUGCUGCGUCUGGACAAAUUCAGAUUUGUACCAAGAAUCUUGUGAAAUUUGACGUAAAUUUGUCCAACAUGACCAUGGGCCUUGACAUCGACAAAGGAGUCUCGGCGUCCUGUGACUCGGAGGGUCGCUCGACGCUGGUCUCCCCGGUGGCUGCGAUGGCGGGCGAUCCUCGGGUCGCGGCAAGCUCUCCCAAGGUGUUGACCGGCCUCGGCGAGGGCGGGUUGAAGCUCCAGAAGAAGACGGCGGGCCGCAAACCACCUGCGGUGGCGCCGGCGAGCCCCCCAGCGGCCCGUGCGAGCGCGUCGGUCCCGCCGCGGCCGGUGGUGAUGGCGCUGGCCUCCCCUGGGGGUCCGGCUGGGGGGCACUUCGUCGGUCAUCCCCCCCCCCCCCCCCCCGAUGCUCUCCGGGUGGAGGUGUCCAAGGUGGUGCCCAUCCCCACGGCCAGGCGGUCCAAGGCGGUGGCGUCCCCGGCGACUCAGGAGAGGAUGAGCUCUCGUCCGAAGGGUGCCAAGGGCAACAUGCCUUCCCUCCAACGGGCCCAGCUCCUUCAGGCGCAGAAGAAUCUCGAAAUCGAAGGUAACCCCAUGCCCCGCUUUACGAUUUUUGAAGAUUAUUCAGAUGCGAGCUUGGGUGGUAUCUUAGCGGAUAGUGGCGUGGAGAUGUCUGAUGCGGGGGAAGCGCACGAGGUGUUGUCUCUCAUUCGCGCAAAGGAAAUUGCGCAGGCUGCGCUUGCUCAGGCAGCGUUGGCCCGCGUUGCGCCAGCAGCGGAUGAAGCAGGGGCUUCUCUGGUGCCAGUUGCGCGGCCCGAUCAGGAGGACAAAGUAGCAGGGGCUGCGCCGUCUUCCUCCAACCGUCGUCCUGCUAAGACACGGCGCGUGGCCAAAGCGGACUGGGCCCAGCGCUACGCGCUUGAAGCCCAAGUCGAGUCCCUCCUUAGGGCCGAGGAGGAGUACUGGAGCAGGCGCAGUGGAAUAAAGUGGACGCUCAAGGGUGACGCGAACACAAAAUAUUUCCACGCCUACGCAAAUGGCAGACGCCGUAAGUGCGCCAUCCUGAGACUUCAAUCGGAGCAGGGGCUCCUAUUGCGGCAACAGGAUAUCGUCCGACACAUCUACGAGUUUUACAUCCAACUUAUGGGUUCCGGGGAGGAAUCCAGGGCUCGACUUAGGGCGGAUGUGUGGGACCCUGCACUGCGAGUCACGGACGAGGAAAAUGAGAACCUGAGCUUGGCCUUCCUCCCUGAGGAGAUUGACAAGGCGACGCUGGGUAUGAAAUCUGACACUGCGCCCGGGCCGGAUGGGUGGCCGGUGGCGAUGUUUAAGCGGUUUUGUAUUCUAGGUGGCCAUCAUAUGCUUGAGAGCCUUUCCACAGCUAGGAGUUUGGAGUUGUUAACUGAUGCUGGGGAGGUGGUUCUGGAUAGGGAAUUGAGAAGGUGUCCAACUUUUAGCAACCUGAAGACCCUGUCCCUUGGUGAAUGGUGUAUGGCCGCUGAUUUCGAUGCAUUAAUUUUGUUGCUACAGCAUUCACCUAAUAUAAAGAGGCUUUUUCUCCAACUCAAAUUGAACUUCAGCACAAGGAAGGCAUUGGAAACAGGUAUCAAACUACAGGGAAGAUCAUUUACUUGCAAAGAACUUAGAAUGGUGAAGAUCAAAUGUUCAAAGGACGAUGGGAGAGUCCACACCUUGGCACAUAUGUUCAGGGCAAAUGAUAUACCGCUAGAGAAUAUUUAUGUGCGUCGGAGUGGGAAUGCUUAUCUCCGUGGCCAGAAGUUUAUGAGAGACCUCGCCAAGCAAGAACUGGAUGAAUGUGGGGACGACUGGAUGUAA